CCCCGCGUCUAUCGUUUGGAAGCUGUACUAUAGUUCUGUGUCCGUUCAGCCGCUGAGCCACGCGGACUGGAUUGUGAAAGUGCGAUUGCACACGAUUUCUCAGUAGUGAGAGUGAGCCCGGUGCGCCCACGACACCUACGAAAUUUACUGUGGUGUGAAUUGUCUCGCGAUUCCAAGAGAGAGUUCAAUGGAAGCCAGGUUCGUGACCUGCCGGAGCUUCCAGCAGAUCAAGCCGCCCGAGAAGACUCUAGCACCGCAACCGACGGUGAAAGGGCUGCUGUCUCGCUUCGGAAGUCAGGCUCAGGCUCUGUUCGCGCCUAAAAAACCGAGAUUCGGAUCGUCUGUGGCUAUACACAAAUUACGGGAGUCGAAGUGGUUCAAACACGAUGAACAAAAUAUAUUAUGUGCUGUCCUCGAAUCUGGAUUCGUGCUGGAAGUCAAGGCCGAGGAUCCAUUGCCGCCGGACUCGACGAUGUCACCAGAUUAUCAUAUGUACGCCAUCGCCAUGUGGAAGAAGGGUAAAGAAAAAACAAAGAACCCGGAACAGAUAGAGGUGUACACAGUACAGCAAAAAGGUGUGCGAAAACGUAUUAUAAAGACUACCUUGAGUGCCUUUUGGAAAAAGGACUCCGUCAUUAGAAUCAACAACGUCGACGACAAGCAAGAAACACCCAACAGCGAAAAAGACAUCAGGGCAAAGCUCGACAUGGCAACUAAAUCCAGAUUUGAAAGAAACUGGCACAAUACACUGCAUUUCGUCCACUGGUGCCGAUAUGGGGAAACUCCACAGGAAGCUCGCAUGAGACAGAUCAGCUUAACGACGUCGAAAACCCCCAUGAUUAUUAUCUUUUGAUGGUAAUCUUUGAGGCGCUUCGGACUCUGCUGACGACUUACUAUACCGAUUAGCGAAUCGCUGAAAUGGGGCAACAUCGGCAUGAACAUGGGUGUAAUGAUGGUCAGUCAGAACAACGGGCGGGCCAAAGCCAAGUCGGUGUGAGUGUCGGCCGCCGGCAGCGCCGGCGUCUGCUACCCGUGCUUCUGGAUACCGUCGCCCAGAGACCAAUUCGUUUGAACGGACUCGUUCCGACUGGUUCCGGUUAUGAUUUCAACAUUUGAAUUUUAACAUCGACCACGUCCCGGGCCGGGUAUCAUUUUGUUAAGAGAAUCUCUCGCAUUAGCUCAAGAGACCAUGAUAUAUUCCCAUGAACACAAAAAUUGUUUUCAGAAUGUUCGAUUUAAUGAAAGUAUUGGAUUAUCUGCUGUUCUAUUUUCGAGACAAUUUAAUGUGAGGAUUUAAUUUGAAGCUUUAAUUUUAUUUAGAAAUUGUUUAAAUGCAACAUUCCUUUAUAUGACAAGCGCCCCGCGACUUUUAUUAUGUAUAACAUUGUAUUUCAUUGAAUUAAUCGUAUUUUUCAUUGUAUUCUUACACCUAAGAGAAUAAUGAACUCUGUUACUAUCAUAAGAUAUUUCGAUUUAAUGAGACUGUCCAAAUUGUUAACAUUUAAUGAAAUUUACCACGAAAAAUAUUAGACAGACGUUAACAUUAAUGGCGUUUGUACUUAACGUUAAAUAUAGUUCAGAAGUAGAAGCUAUAAAGAUGUUGUAGUUUAUCGAGUAUUGUUUAGGUAUUCAUAUUAAAGGCCUAUUAGAUAAAUGGUCUGCGACUGUUUGAGAAUUAAUGUUCUAUUUAUAUGAUAUUUUUUAAAUAAAUAAAGAGUUCAAAAUAA